AAUCUUUUUUCCCCCAUGAACAGAUCUGAAGUAAAAACACACAGGCACCACUGUCUGAGCCUCUGGCUGAAGUGGGGAGAUUGUAAUCGGUUCACUGACCUAAGGGGUAGGGGAUCUUGGAAAACUCCAGUCUCGCACUCCCUGCAAAGUGCAUUCAACAUGCUCACAAGACGGGUCGCAUCCUCCACCUUGGUCGUCUGCUUUCUCGUGUUCCUGGUGUGUGAGAGUUGCGAUCCAGAACAAAUAGUGAGAGGAUGCAUGAUCCAAGCUGGACACUGCUUCUGCGGCAAGGGAUGCAUGUCGGAAUUCCUUUAUAAAAACCGCAAUGAAUGCAAAAUGGCACUGAACGGAGACAGCAGGGAUGCGUGCAAACCGAACCCGUGCGAACACAAUGGAGCCUGCUUACAGACCACAAGGACAUUCACCAAUUACAAGUGUAGAUGCGAAGGCACUGGCUAUUACGGGCCGAAAUGCCAAUAUGCAUGUUCUAAGUUAAACGCACGGGCAAAAUCUAUUCCCUAUGAGUGCAUAGAGAUCUGAGGAUUUUAUACCGAACCAAAAUUUACCAAAGAGUACAACCCUAACAAUUCAACUAUGGACUCCAAUGUGCCACCUAUAUUUUUACACUAAAUAUGACCAAUGUAUGUGUUAAGUAAAUAAUAUAAGAUUUUUUUUCCUUAAAA